GAAGGAGUGGAGUAACGCCCCUCUUUGCUGCUGCUGCAGAGCUAACGGCCAAGGACGCUGGGCGAGAGAAGCGGCCGCAGGCCAGUGGGGAGUGCCCAAUAUGCGACUGGAUACUUGGCGAAGGCGAUCGAAAUGCUCUCUUUUGAUGUACGCCUGUCGAGGAUUAUAGGGAGCGUGCGCUGAGACACCAUGUCAGGCAUGCUCACGCAAGGACCAAGUGGGACAAGACGGAGCACGCGGCAAAGAUCUUUCAGCUGGCCAGGGAAGAGCAGAGUGGAAGCGCAAGGAGGAGGAAAAGGAGGCUGCAAGCUGGGACCGGCUCCGGCUUCCGCAGGUUACUGUCGAGAGGACCAAAGAGGGCUAAGAAGUCAAGCUGUGGCGAGAGAAAACAGGGCAAAGAUGCUACUCAAGAUGAAUUAG